CUAGCCUACUUGAAGCAUCCGGGACGAACUCGGUAGUAGACAUGGCGGGUAUCAACCUGGCUAAAUGACGAAAUAAAUUUUGUUUGCUAAUAUAAGAACGUGUUAAUUUCGUAGGAAAGUGUUGAUACUGAAAGACUAAUUAAGUUAUAUUGGAUUAGGACAAAAAUGCAGAAUGUUGGACAGUCUGAAAACCGUAAUAUCGAUAAGGUGAAUGUGCAACUUGAUGUGGUAAAAUCGUCCACUCCUCAGAGUUCGGCUUCGAGUCCGGCCAAAUCUGAAACCGAAACGUAUUCAGGUGCGCCUGCCAAAUACAUGACGGAUUCUUCUGAAAGCGAGGAUGACUCUGUAUCUGAGGCGGAGAUGGAGGAAGAAGGUGGUGGUGCGGAGUCAUCUAAGUUCCUACUAUCCCACGAUGACCCAGAGCGGGCCGUCGAUCCUGAGAUGCAGGCGAGACUUGAGGCACUCCUUGAAGCAGCAGGCAUCGGCAAGUUGUCGGGCGAGGGCAAACACCUGGCGGACCCGGAGGUGCUCCGGAGACUGACGUCGUCGGUGUCGUGCGCGCUCGACGAGGCGGCGGCGGCGCUCACGCGCAUGCGCAGCGACCAGCCGCCGCCCCACCACCGCCACCACCACCAGGACAAGCCCACCCAAUGCGGUUCAACGGCAACGGGAACGACGCCAACCACGACGACGAGCGCGGAAGGCGCGCCGUCGCUGGCGGAGGCUUGUUCGGACGGCGACGUGGGCACGGUCCGCAAGCUGCUCACGGAGGGCCGCUCGGUGCACGAGACCACGGAGGAGGGCGAGUCGCUCCUGUCCCUUGCAUGCUCCGCGGGCUAUUAUGAGCUCGCGCAGGUGCUGCUAGCCAUGCAUGCUAGUGUUGAAGACCGGGGGAUCAAGGGUGACUGCACGCCCCUGAUGGAGGCGGCGAGCGCGGGGCACGUGGACAUCGUGCGGCUGCUGGUGGCGCACGGCGCGGACGUGAACGCUGUGUCGGGCUCCGGCAACACGCCGCUCAUGUACGCCUGCGCCGGCGGCCACGAGGAGUGCGUGUCCGCGCUGCUCGACAACGGCGCCAACGUCGAGGACCACAACGAGAACGGACACACGCCGCUCAUGGAGGCCGCAUCCGCUGGCCACGUGGGAGUCGCCAAGAUCCUCCUAAAGCACGGUGCCGGCAUCAACACCCACUCGAACGAGUUCAAAGAGUCCGCGCUAACGCUCGCCUGCUACAAGGGCCACCUCGACAUGGUGCGGUUCCUGCUGGCCGCGGGCGCCGACCGCGAGCACAAGACCGACGAGAUGCACACGGCGCUGAUGGAGGCCAGUAUGGACGGCCACGUCGAGGUCGCGAGGCUGCUGCUCGACUCGGGUGCACAGGUUAGUUCAGUCAACAUGCCCACGGACAGCUUCGAGUCGCCACUAACACUAGCGGCGUGCGGCGGGCACGUGGAGCUGGCCAUGCUGCUGCUGGAGCGCGGCGCCAACAUCGAGGAGGUCAACGACGAGGGCUACACGCCGCUCAUGGAGGCUGCCAGGGAGGGGCACGAGGAGAUGGUAGCGCUACUGCUCGGGCAGGGCGCCGCCAUCAACGCGCAGACGGACGAGACGCAGGAGACGGCGCUGACGCUGGCGUGCUGCGGCGGCUUCCUGGAGGUCGCCGACUUCCUCAUCAAGGCGGGCGCCGACGCCGAGCUCGGCGCCUCCACGCCGCUCAUGGAGGCCAGCCAGGAGGGCCACCUCGAGCUCGUGCGGUACCUGCUGAACGCGGGCGCGGACGUGCACGCCCAGACGCAGACGGGCGACACGGCGCUGACGUACGCGUGCGAGAACGGGCACACGGACGUGGCCGACCUGCUGCUGCGCGCCGGCGCCGAGCUCGAGCACGAGAGCGAGGGCGGCCGCACGCCGCUCAUGAAGGCGUGCCGCGCCGGCCACGUCUGCACCGUGCAGUUCCUCGUGGGCAAGGGCGCCGACGUAAACCGUGUGACGGCGAACGGCGACCACACCCCCCUGUCCCUGGCCUGCGCGGGCGGGCACGCGGACGUGGUGAAGUUCCUGCUGGCGUGCGACGCGGACCCCUUCCGCAAGCUCAAGGACAACUCCACCACGCUCAUCGAGGCGGCCAAGGGCGGCCACACCGCCGUCGUGCAGCUGCUGCUCGACUACCCGCACUCCGUCAUGCUCUCCAGGAGCGAGACAGGUGAUUGUGUAACCGGCGCCGCCAGCGCGGAGGACAGCAGCGGGCUGAGCGCGGCGCAGGCGGCGGCGCUGGGGCUGGCGCACGCGCCCGCGCCCGGCGCGCCCGCCGCGCGCGCGCUGCUGCCCGCGCACCCCGCCCACCCCGCGCACGUGCCGCAGCUGCCGCCCGAGAUGGCCGCCGACCCCGUCAUGGCCCAUGCCUACAUCGAAGGUUGGCGCAUGUCAGCGAAAGUUGACGGCAGCGGCGCCCCUGCCGGCGCGGGCGCGGGUGCGGGAGCGGGCGCGGCGGCGGGCACGGGCGCGGGCGCGGGAGCGGGCGCGGCGGCGGGCGGCAAGCACAAGUGCGCGCGCAAGCAGCGCGCCGCGCCGCCCCACCCCGACCACCACCUGCCGCCGCCGCCCGACAUCCUCGACGACCCGAGGACGACUGAAGCCCUGGCGAGUCAACCUCGCAACGAAUCACUGCCAGAGACUGAAAGGAACCUACUCGAAUUAGCCGAUAACCACGGUCCCCCGACGCUUGCGACGUCGGCGCUCCACGCGUUGGACCUACAGUUCUGCGCGCAAGGUGUGACGACCGUGUACCGGCCCACCACGCCGCCCUACCCGCCGCCGCAGCAGAUAUUCCCCACGCAGCAGCUCGCGCCUAACCUUACCCAGAGCGAUCCAAUACAAGAACGGCCGCGAAUGAAGCCGACGCGUAAAUGUGCCAAGUUUGGUUGCAAGUUUCUUCGCAUGGACGCGCUCAGAAAGCUUGGUCAACAUAUUACUGAACAACAGCAACUACAGGAGUUACAACAACAACAGCUCCAACAGUUGGCAGCGCAGCAGGCCCAGCAACAACAACAACAAACGCAGCAACAGCAGCAAACGCAGCAACCGCCUCAACAGACGCAGCAGAAGAAACUGCAGCAACCCCAACAGCCCCAACCCCUUCAGCAGUAUUCGCAGGAACUGCAGAGGCCUGAAGCGUAUGCGCCACAGGCGGGCGCGGACGGCUGCGGCGCGGUGGAGGCGCGCGAGCUGGGCGCGGUGCUGGCCUACCUGCAGCGCGAGGUGCCCUCGCUCGUGGCGCUCCCGCCCAACGAGCUGCGCUCCCUGGUGCUGCAGGUUAUGCAGCAGAAGUCGCACGAGAUCUUCUCGAGCAAGUGCGCGGAGGCGGAGGCGGAGGUGGAGGAGGAGGGCGAGGAGCGGCAGGCGCGGCAGCUGCUGGCCGUGGCCGAGCAGGCGCUCGGCGCCGACUGGGCGCGCCCGCACCACCACCACCACGGCGACCAGGCGGUGAGCAACGGCUGCCAGUACCGUGUGCGCGGCAUCUCGCCGCUGGACCCCACGCUGGAGCACGAGCCGGCGGAGCGCGAGCCGCAGUUCGCGGCGCCGCCGCCCGCGCCCGCGCACCCGCACCCGCACCCGCACCCGGCCCAGCCCGCCGACGACUACCGGUCGGCGACGUUCGUGCCGCCGCACACGCCCGCGGUGACGCAAUCCGCGCAGCCGCAGCCCGCCCAACCCCACUCUAAGCGGGAGCACCCCACCACUGGAGUCAAGAAAAAGGGGCGGUUCGCGGGCGGGUCGCGGGCGCGCGGCGGCGACGCGUUCGGCACGGCCACGCCGCCGCAGCCCGCGCCGGCCGCCUACUCCGCCAUGGACGUGGACGGCGAGACCGACUCCAACCACGACACCGCGCUCACGCUCGCCUGCGCCGGCGGCCACGAGGACCUGGUCGAGCUGCUGCUCAGCCGCGGCGCCGACAUCGAGCACCGCGACAAGAAGGGCUUCACUCCUCUCAUCCUAGCGGCGACCGCGGGACACGAGAAGAUCGUGGAGAUCCUCCUGAACCACGGCGCGGACAUCGAGGCGCAGUCGGAGCGGACGAAGGACACGCCGCUGUCGCUGGCGUGCUCGGGCGGCCGCUACGAGGUGGUGGAGCUCAUCCUCAGUCGCGGCGCCAACAAGGAGCACAGGAACGUCUCCGACUACACCCCCCUCUCGCUGGCCGCGUCCGGCGGCUACGUUAACAUCAUCAGGCUGCUCUUACACCACCAGGCGGAGAUAAACUCCCGCACGGGCUCUAAGCUCGGCAUCUCACCGCUGAUGUUGGCGGCGAUGAACGGGCACACGGCGGCCGUGCGCCUGCUGCUGGACUGCGGCUCCGACAUCAACGCGCAGAUCGAGACCAAUCGCAACACCGCACUCACGCUCGCCUGCUUUCAAGGGCGGCACGAGGUGGUGAGCCUGCUGCUAGACCGCAAGGCGAACGUGGAGCACCGCGCGAAGACGGGGCUGACGCCGCUGAUGGAGGCGGCGAGCGGCGGCUACGUGGAGGUGGGCCGCGUGCUGCUGGACAAGGGCGCCGACGUCAACGCGCCGCCCGUGCCCUCCUCGCGCGACACCGCGCUCACCAUCGCCGCCGACAAGGGCCACACCAAGUUCGUCGAGCUGCUUCUGCAGAGGCGAGCAGCGGUGGAAGUGAAAAACAAGAAAGGCAACUCCCCCCUCUGGCUGGCCGCUAACGGCGGUCACCUCGCCGUCGUCGAAAUGCUAUACGCGGCCAACGCGGACAUCGACUCACAAGACAAUAGAAAGGUAUCGUGCCUGAUGGCCGCCUUCCGAAAGGGCCACACUAAAGUGGUCAAGUGGAUGGUCGGUGUCGUCACGCAGUUCCCCUCUGACCAGGAAAUGACGAGGUACAUCUGCACAAUAUCGGACAAGGAGCUGUUAGAGAAAUGCCAAGAGUGUGUACGCGCGAUCCGCGCGGCGAAAGAGACGCAAGCGGCGCGAGCCAACCAGAACGCGACCAUCCUGCUGGAGGAGCUGGACGCCGAGCGCUGCCGCGAGGAGUCGCGUCGCCAGGCCGCCGCGCGCCGCCGCGAGCGCAAGAAGAAGAAGAAGAUGGAGAAGAAGGUCACCAUCAUGGAGGAGCGGCGCAAGCUCCAAGCAGAAAACGACAAGAACUCCUUAUACUCGGAGAAGGCACUGGGCGAGUGCUCCGAGGGCGGCGAGCCCGAUGACGAGCCGCAGGCCAAGGAAGAGGGCGACUCCGGCAUCGACGCCAACUCGCAGGGCUCAUGCUCCUCCUCGGACGUGAAGGCGCCGCCGGCCGCGAGCGCCAAGAGCAAGAAGAAGAGGAAAGACGAGAAAGCGCCCCCGCCCGCUCCACCCGCCAAACAGCCUGACAAAACUAAACCCAAGCAAAUAGAGAGUAAACCAGAAAAAGAGAGCACUCCUAAACCAGACAAGAAACAGGAGAAGGAAAAUGUCGCUCCCAGUCCGCCGGCCACGCCGGUCAAACCGGCGCUGCUGCCCGAGCGGCGGCCGCCCGAGAAAAAGGACAAAAAACCCGAAGAGGAUAUCCAUAAGAGCAUAACAGUACAGAACGUAAACAAAUAUGGCAGUAGCUCUAGAAAGAGUCAAGUGUUCGAAUCCUCGCGGUUUACGGCCGAGAAAGAGGACAAUGACCCGACUGACAAAAACAAAAAGACGCACGCCACGCACCAAUGGGAAUUGGAAGGCAAGAGCACGUCGCCAAAAGGCGGGUGCGUGGGCGGCCGGCGAGAGGAAGGAUGGAAAGAGGUCGUGCGCAAGUCGAGCGUGCAGACGCUUUCUACCGUCGAACCAGGAUGCAAGAAAGUAUCGGUCGGCGCGCAUGCCAUCUCGCGAGUGAUAGGGCGCGCCGGCAGCAACAUCAACGCCAUCCGCGCCGCCACCGGCGCGCACAUCGAGGUCGACAAGCAGGGCAAGGGCCAGGGCGAGCGCAUCAUCACCAUCAAGGGUUCAGCGGAAGCGACGAAGCAGGCGGCGAGCCUGAUAGCGGCGAUGAUCCGCGACCCCGAGGCCGACAUCGCGGCGCUGCUGCCGCGCGCCAAGCUGCCCGCGCCGCAGCCGCCGCCGCUGCAGCCCAAGCAGCCGAAACAAGCGCCGCCCAAGCAGCCGAGCGCCGUGCCCGCGGCGCGCGCGACGCCGACUGCGCGCGCGCCCGCCAAGCAGCACGCCGCCGCCACGCCCCGCGCGCAGGCUCUCCGACUAACUACGCACGCAGCGACAGUGGUCGAGAAGCGCGCCACACUCGCAGCGACGGCGACCGCGACGCCGGUGAAGUCGUCGCUGUCGUACACGGGCGCCAUCGUGGGCACGCGCAACACGUUCGCGGCCAAGCUCACCGCGCCGCCCGCGCCCGCGCCCGCGCCGCCGAUGGCCACGCCCGAGCCUAAAGCGCGCCCCAAACCGCAGACGAGCACGCCGCCGUCGAGCGCGUGCGCGCCGCCGCCGCCCGCCGCGUCGCCGCUGCGCGCGCGCGACUCGCCGCCCGCGCGCCCCGAGGACGACAAGCGCGUGCCCGACGUGCCGCAGCUAAGCCCAGAAGCUCCAAGCCAGUGGAGCGAAGAAAACACUGCCAACCCUAACUCUGCACUGCAUAUUAAUACCACACCACAGUCGAGCUGCGGCAGCGGCAGCGGCACGGGCCCGGGCACGGCGCCCGGCGCGCAGGAGUACUCGCUGUUCAAGGACCUGUCGGCCGGCGCCGGCGGCGGCAUGUGGGGCGCCGGCGACGCGCACGCCGACACGCCGCACCCGCCGCAGAAGGUGUACCGCGAGCAGGUGGACGCGAGCAAGGCGCCGGGCUACCGCGGCGCAGCGCCUGGCGGCUGCUCGCCGUGCUCGCGCACGUCGUCGCACGGCUCCACGCCGCCGCCCGCCUACCAGCCGCCGCAGCCGCCCUUCCACCAGCCGCUGCCCAUCGGCCCGCUCCCGCCCAUCUCGCUCAGUGAGUCCGCUACCUGUACUCCCUGCUCGCCGUGCUCGCGCACGUCGUCGCACGGCUCCACGCCGCCGCCCGCCUACCAGCCGCCGCAGCCGCCCUUCCACCAGCCGCUGCCCAUCGGCCCGCUCCCGCCCAUCUCGCUCAGCAACAGCGUGAAUACGAUGGACAUGAGUGGAUUAUCUCGAAACGGACCUAUCUAUCAAGACAACUCCAGGAAUGGACACAACAUGAUGGUGUCAAUGGGCGGCGGCAUGGGGCUGGCGGGCGUGGCGGGCGUGGCGGGCGUGGCGGGGGUGGCGGGCGUGGGCGAGGGGUCGCGCCUCAACCCGCGCGCGCCCGACUUCGCGCAGCGCGCGCCGCACCUGGCCGCGCACCAGCACGCGCCGCUCCACCCGCACGCCAUGCACCACACCAAGCACCAGCAGCAGCAGCUGUACGCGGGUGCCAGUGGCGCGGGCGCUAAUCUCAGCACGUUGCUCAUGUACCAGCCGCAGCAGGCCGCGCCCAAGCCCAUGCACACGCCGCAACCUCACCUGCAGUACCAGUCCCUAUUGGAGCGUGGUGUGGGAGUCGGGGCGACAGGCUGGGGCGAGGAGGAGGAGCGCAAGCCGCGGCCCAUCGGCACCGAGCGCGCCUGGAAGCUCACCGCCGACGCCGACUGGCACCACCCGCACCACAUGCCCGACCACGACCGAUACCAGGUGCGCGCCGUCACAGGCUUUGAUGACCAACUUGUUGUUAGACCACCAGGCUGGGGCGAGGAGGAGGAGCGCAAGCCGCGGCCCAUCGGCACCGAGCGCGCCUGGAAGCUCACCGCCGACGCCGACUGGCACCACCCGCACCACAUGCCCGACCACGACCGAUACCAGGUGCGCGCCGUCACAGGCUUUGAUGACCAACUUGUUGUUAGACCACCAGGCUGGGGCGAGGAGGAGGAGCGCAAGCCGCGGCCCAUCGGCACCGAGCGCGCCUGGAAGCUCACCGCCGACGCCGACUGGCACCACCCGCACCACAUGCCCGACCACGACCGAUACCAGGUGCGCGCCGUCACAGGCUUUGAUGACCAACUUGUUGUUAGACCACCAGGCUGGGGCGAGGAGGAGGAGCGCAAGCCGCGGCCCAUCGGCACCGAGCGCGCCUGGAAGCUCACCGCCGACGCCGACUGGCACCACCCGCACCACAUGCCCGACCACGACCGAUACCAGGUGCGCGCCGUCACAGGCUUUGAUGACCAACUUGUUGUUAGACCACCAGGCUGGGGCGAGGAGGAGGAGCGCAAGCCGCGGCCCAUCGGCACCGAGCGCGCCUGGAAGCUCACCGCCGACGCCGACUGGCACCACCCGCACCACAUGCCCGACCACGACCGAUACCAGGUGCGCGCCGUCACAGGCUUUGAUGACCAACUUGUUGUUAGACCACCAGGCUGGGGCGAGGAGGAGGAGCGCAAGCCGCGGCCCAUCGGCACCGAGCGCGCCUGGAAGCUCACCGCCGACGCCGACUGGCACCACCCGCACCACAUGCCCGACCACGACCGAUACCAGGUGCGCGCCGUCACAGGCUUUGAUGACCAACUUGUUGUUAGACCACCAGGCUGGGGCGAGGAGGAGGAGCGCAAGCCGCGGCCCAUCGGCACCGAGCGCGCCUGGAAGCUCACCGCCGACGCCGACUGGCACCACCCGCACCACAUGCCCGACCACGACCGAUACCAGGUGCGCGCCGUCACAGGCUUUGAUGACCAACUUGUUGUUAGACCACCAGGCUGGGGCGAGGAGGAGGAGCGCAAGCCGCGGCCCAUCGGCACCGAGCGCGCCUGGAAGCUCACCGCCGACGCCGACUGGCACCACCCGCACCACAUGCCCGACCACGACCGAUACCAGGUGCGCGCCGUCACAGGCUUUGAUGACCAACUUGUUGUUAGACCACCAGGCUGGGGCGAGGAGGAGGAGCGCAAGCCGCGGCCCAUCGGCACCGAGCGCGCCUGGAAGCUCACCGCCGACGCCGACUGGCACCACCCGCACCACAUGCCCGACCACGACCGAUACCAGGUGCGCGCCGUCACAGGCUUUGAUGACCAACUUGUUGUUAGACCACCAGGCUGGGGCGAGGAGGAGGAGCGCAAGCCGCGGCCCAUCGGCACCGAGCGCGCCUGGAAGCUCACCGCCGACGCCGACUGGCACCACCCGCACCACAUGCCCGACCACGACCGAUACCAGGUGCGCGCCGUCACAGGCUUUGAUGACCAACUUGUUGUUAGACCACCAGGCUGGGGCGAGGAGGAGGAGCGCAAGCCGCGGCCCAUCGGCACCGAGCGCGCCUGGAAGCUCACCGCCGACGCCGACUGGCACCACCCGCACCACAUGCCCGACCACGACCGAUACCAGGUGCGCGCCGUCACAGGCUUUGAUGACCAACUUGUUGUUAGACCACCAGGCUGGGGCGAGGAGGAGGAGCGCAAGCCGCGGCCCAUCGGCACCGAGCGCGCCUGGAAGCUCACCGCCGACGCCGACUGGCACCACCCGCACCACAUGCCCGACCACGACCGAUACCAGGGCGCCGCCGGCAUGGGCGGCGCGCACGGGCUGGAGUACGGCGCGGGCGCGGGGGCGGGCGCGGGCGCGGGCGCCACGGCGGCGGCGCUGUCGCUCAUGCACGCGCUGCCGCUGCACUACCUGCCCGCCGCGCCCGACCCGCGCCCCUGGGACCACGCGCCGCCCACGCAGCCGCAGGCGCACGCCGACAAACAGACAUGGAGCAAGUGGACCCACUAGAGAAGCCCUCGCCGGCGCGACCGCGCCACGAGACUGUCCCGCGAGGAUUAUAUAUAAUUGUAACCCUUGGAAACGGUGUAGAUAUUAGUGAGAAAGAAUUAUAUUAUACAGAUUAUCUAUAUACAUAAUAGAGAAAAUGUCCUAUCGAGAAGAGAAAUACUUAUACUGUACGAUCGACUGAAGUGAGCAUUAAACGAUUCAUUAUAAUGAAACACGUGAGGGGUCGGUUGUAGUUUUAUUUGUUACUGCCGCUCGCUGCCGGCCGGCCGUUGUUAGACGAAUUAUAGUUGUUCUAGUGCGCGCCCUGCGCUAGUGGUAGCUUGGAAUGUGAUUCCGUACGCGCCGUGUUUUGCGUUGCCUUACGCGGCGUCCGCCGCCGACUAUUUACAUAUUUUACACUAUAUUAUGGCAUAAUACGAUAUUAAUUUGAUUGAAUGCGCUCGCAACCCGAGGCGGAUUAUAAACGUGUAUUAAUAAAUUUGCUUGUACAUGAAGAUUAAAUAUCAUAUAUUGAUGCACUGUA